AUGGAGAAAUACUCCCAGUUCCGGGACAGAGGCUCCGGCAUCUCCCCCUUCAUCCCUGUCAAGACGCCCUCGACCUUCCUCUCCGCCCUGCCCCGCGUCUUCAUCUUCCUCUUCCGCCUGCCCUUCUUCCUCGCCUACGCCGCCGUCUACUUCCUCGUCCUGCGCUGGCUACCCCUGCCCCUGGUGGCCCGCAAGCUCCUGCUCUGGGGCGUCAUGGGCAUCCCGGGCAUAUGGUGGGUGGACCUGCAGCUCGACGGCGUCAAGCGCGGCUCCCUGGCGCAGCAGCCGCCCUCGCGCGUGCCGCACCCGGGGUCGGUGAUCGCCGCCUCCUUCACCUCCCCCGUCGACGCGCUCUACCUCGCCGCCGUCUUCGACCCCGUCUUCGCCGUCUCGUACCCGCGCUCGCGCAAGGUCCGCCGCGUCUCCCUGCGCGGCGCCAUCGCCCACGCCCUCGGCACCGCGCAGCUCGCCGAGAGCCCCUCCCCGGGAGCUACAGGGCUGACGGAUCUGCGGGCCCUCCUCAAGAGGUACCCGGACCGCGUCAUCGCCGUGUUCCCCGAGUGCGGCACCACCAACGGCAAGGCCAUCCUGCCCCUGAGCCCGAGCCUCGUCACCGUCCCCGCCGACACAAAGAUCUUCCCCGUCAGCAUGCGCUACACGCCCCCCGACAUCACGACCCCGGUCCCGGGCGCUUGGUUCGCCUUCCUGUGGAAACUGCUGAGCCGGCCCACGCACCUCGUCCGCGUUAGGAUCGCCGAGGGCGUGCUCAACACCAGCGCCUCUGUCAACGGCGUUGGGGCAGCAGCAGCAGCGCACGGAGUUGAUGAGGCCAGCUCGCCGCAGUCCGAUGUCACGUAUGAGGAGCAGCUCGUCUUGGAUCGCGUCGCCGAGGCGCUGGCCAGGCUGGGUCGCAACAAGAGGGUCGGCUUGACGCUGCAGGACAAGGCAAGGUUCGUGGAAGCGUGGCGCAAGUAG